AUGCAUCAUUAUACCCUCUUGGCCGAGUCCACGAGCACCGCCGUCUCCUACUCCUCCGGGCACAUCGUCCUCUCCUACGUGACGUCUCUGCUAGGAUGCAUCACCACCUUGGAGUUGUUGCAGCGGCGAACCUCGACCAGAGGGGCGUAUAAUUGGUUCCUGCUCGGAGCCGCCGCGGUCACCAUGGGUGCCAUCUCGAUCUGGGGGAUGCACUUUGUCGCCAUCGGCGCUAUCAUCCUCGCCCACGGAGCUCCCGACCGCCAGAUCCUGUACAAGCCCGGCUUCACCGCCAUUUCCUUCUUCGUCCCCAUCCUCGUCCUUCUCAUUGCCUUCUACAUGCUUGGACAGCCGGCCCGGGCCCGUCAAGUCCAUGUGGCCAUCGCCAGUGUCCUCAUGGGCGCAGCAGUCUGUGGCAUGCAUUCCCUGGGACAAUAUGGGUUGCAGAACUACCGCUGUGUAUACAAGGUCCCCAAUCUGGUGGGUUCGGCCAUCAUUUCGGUGCUGGCGAGUUUUAUUGCCCUCAGCGUCUUCUUCCGCCUGCGAGACACCUGGACCGACUGCUGGUGGAAAAGAGUGCUGUGUAGUGCUAUUCUCGCCCUCGCUAAAGGGGACGGGACUGUCCACGGCCGCUUCGGUUCCCAGACCACCAUUGUUGCCUCUUCCUUGUCCAUGGGCGCCUGUAUUGUCCUUCUCGCCGUUGCUUUCAUCCGCGGCCGGCGCAUGCACACCGCCCGAAUCAAAGCGCAACGGCUGGUGCUGGCCUGCGCUUAUUUCGACCAGGAUGGAAAGUUGAUGGUCACCGAGGAAGGCAUCUUGCCCAGCGAAAAGAUCACCAAUCAAUACCUAGAAAAGGUCGAGAUCGGUGCUAUCCUGUCCAUGUUCGCUCUCGAGGCUAACGUGCAAUCGCAGAACUUUGGAGAAGAUGAACUCAGCCGGUCCCAAGUGGCCUUUCUCUGGGUCUUCAAAGCAUCUCGGAACUGGGCAUUACUGAAGGAAUUCCUCCCUGCCAUGGCCGACUACAUCAGGACCGACCCAGCCGUGAAGAGGUACCGUCCCGGGCACACAGCCUCCCACUCACGCAUCGAUGCAAGUGAGAUUCCGCUCAAUUUUGCCCCGGUUUUCAAGCAACUAUUUUGCAUGGCCGCACAACGGUUGGCGAACCACCUCCAUGAGCCACUGGAGCAGCUGGGAGUGUUAUUCGAGGAACCCCUGGAGACCGGAGCGCUCUUCCUCUUCACGCCAAGCAAGACGGCGCUGGCGGACCUGUCCCCACAAGUCUACGCCACCACGGACGUCGAGAGUGGCCACUGCAUUGCACGAGGUAAAUACCUGUUCCUGACCCGCCAGCUGAAGAGCGAUGAAACGGCCAAGUUUGCGGCGCUGGGGUACCGGUUCGCGGCCGUGGCACGCAUCGCCGAGCCCAUGGCCAAAAGGAUGCAGAUCAACCGGGACAAUUUGGUGGCUCGCAUGAAACGAAUGCAGCUGAGCGUCUCCCCUGACCAUCUACCAUCGCCGGGGGUCCAUCUGGCGUGCUUUAUACUGAGGCCCAGCGUCUAUACAAGCUUCGACGUUUUAGUACCCGAAUCUGUGCAAAAUCAACUGCCUCACACCACUAUCCAGCCGCACGAAUUGACCGCGGAACAGUCCCAACAGUUGACAAGUCUGUUCGACGAGUCAACAGUCACUGAGGCUCUGAGGGCCCUUGAAGAUCGAUCCAGUCGCAGCGAGCUUGACGCCGACUUCGGCCGGCGACUUCACCGGGCCAUUAUGAAGCUCGUCGAUGUGAUGGGAGACUCGGACAGUCUGAUGCAAGCCAGGAUGUCCGCCCGACCGUUCCAAGUGCCAUGUCAGCCAGACCCGGGUGACCUGUCGCCGCCGACAUGUACUUUCCUGAUAAUGCGAAUGAUGCGGGAUGUCCACGCCUCGUCGGCAAGAAAAGAGCUGGUGUACGUGCCGCUCUCCGCCUUUCGGGUGCAACAACAGUAUUUGACCGCCGGGUGGCGGGACGAGCAAUUUGCGCGGGAAGUCAAUGCAGAGUUCGGCCACCUUCGGCAAGACAGCGUGAAAUGGAGACGAUUCAACAGCAUGCAGCUGGCCCCGGUGCAAGAUCAUGCCGAUGGACGAGAUGCAAACGCCUGGCGGAAAGAGCUCAUGCGAGCCGCCGCCGCGGAGGCGAAGAAGGGGCCACGGGCGAGUGCGAAAAGGACCAACCUGGGAUAG